AGAGAAGCAGCAGCAGCGAUCGACCCCAGGCUGUGUGCUGUACUGCGGGUACAACAACAACAUCCUCGGCAAGGUGUCUGAUGCGGAUCUCUCUGCCCUUCAUCCCCUUAAAGAGGGGCUUCCAUGACUGCCGUCACUGACGCUCCAGCUGCUGAAGCCAAUGGAUCAUGGUCUGUUUGAGAUGGAGGGCAGCGCAAUGUCACAAGUUGGCGUGGAUGCCUUUGAGCUCUGUGACAACAUUUCAGACUCCAAAGCCCUCACAGCUCAAACUCGAAACCUCAAUCAGACGCUUGCACAAACUCUCCCGAUUCCCCAAAAUGAGGAGGCAGGAUCAUGUUGCCCCAUCCAGAAAACCCCUCUGGACAACAGCAGGGAGGAGGAAAUGGGAAAAGAGGAACACUCAGAAGGAUGCAGAGAUGUGGAUGAGGAAGAGGAUGUUGAUGAAAUGAUGAAGGAAGAAGAAGAGGAGGAAUCAGAGGCAUCAAGUUCACUGAUAUGUUGCCAGUCGCCAGAUACUCCAAUGACUGAUUCCUCAUAUUCAGAGACAGGCAGUCUGUUGGAGACUCCAUAUCCUUUCAGCCCUGGGACCAGUCCAGAACCUACAUCUCCCGUCAUUCCACUCAUUAGUCCAGACUCCUUUGAACUGCAUCAAAGCUGUACUGAAGUCAUUUCUAGUACCACCAAGUCUGGGUUGGUCCACUGCAGAACAGAGGCUACAGCAGUAGGCUUAUCUUCAAACAUUAUGACCUCAGGCAUACAGCCUGACAGCUCUUCUAUUGGCAACACAACAGCCUCUGAUACAAUAUUAAAGGACUCUUGUUCAGAACAACUUACCUCUCCUGAGGAGCCUGUCUCCAGCUGUGGGCCUACAGGACCUUUGUGCUUAGGUGGGCUUGACACUUCUAUGGACUCUGGCCCUCAGAUUGUAUCAGCAGAAACCUCAGCCGUCACUACAGGGAGUAAAAGCACGGCUACAGAGUUCACUUCAAGCUUAUUAUCUGAUUCCUCACAUCAGAACGAGUUUAUCUCCACCACAGUCCCUGAUUCCUCUUUAGUCUCAACCUGCUCAACAGGAUCUAUUUUAGGCCCAACUUUCCUGGAGUCUCUAGAGGAGCUGGCAGAAAGAAAUGAUGGCCGCCUUCCACAUUACCUUCACCAGAUCGCUGAGACCCUUGUCCUUCAGAAAGACUACCAGAGAGCUUUACUGUUUCUCCAGCUAGAGCAGCUUUACCACCAGAGACUGUUGGAAAACCUGAAUGCACUUCAGCAGCAGUGGGUGAGUCAGUGUGGAGGAACAUCCCCUGGGCUGGCAGCCUCCCAGCUGGACUCACUGAAGCACUUCUGCCAGACGCAUACCAGACCAAGGACACGAGAUGCUGAGGUUACUCUUCAGGACAACCUGAGACUAAAGUUUGACGGAGGUGUUUCACAGCUCUCAUGUAUCUCAUCCCUUCAGGUUAAAGGAGAGAUGGAGGAGAGAGCUGAGGACUCCUCUUCUCCAACCGCAACCUCUGCUUGUUUGCUUACAAGGCUCAGUCCGCCUGAAACAGACGGGGAAGACCUGAAUGGAAAAUCAGAGGGGAGGGACACUUUUUAUGGCUCCGAUCUGACUCGAUUGCAAGCUCACAGCAGAGAGGUGGAAGGAGGGGAAGAAGACACCAUUUCCACCGGGGGAAAUGGGCUGCACCCCUCCACAGCUGGGGGAAUGGAUCGCUCCGAUCCUGCAAAGCAGCAGGAGGAAGAUUUAGGACUGUCAGGGGAAGGAGAGAGAAAGGUGGAGGAAGAGGACAAGAGCGAAGUAGAGGAGGCAGCAGAGGCUCUGGAGAUGGAAGAUGAGGGGACUGAGGAUGAUGGAGAGGACAAGCAGAGCAAAGGAGACUCUCAUUUAUGGGAAGGAGCUCCCUCUGUGGAGACUCUGGUCAGUGGGGCAGAGUGGGAGCUGCACAGGGAUACUUCUGCUAAGGAGAAGCUACAUGUACAGCAGCAGACUCAGGAGGACUCUGGAACCUACCUGAAGGAGCAGGAGGCACUCCCUUCCAAGGAGGCUGACAUGGAGCGGCAACAACGAUAUGCAGAGGAGAGCGAGGAAGAAGAGGAGUACGAUGGUGACUUUCUCAGGAGAACCCCUUCUUUGGACGACAAGGCAAAGCUCAUCACCGUGGAAGAGGUCUCCCCAGCCUCCGGACUUGUCUCAAUCUUAAAAAAGCGAAGCGUAUAUGUGGACAGCCUGGUAGAGUCUGCAGGUCCAGAGCCCGGACCUGAGAAACCCACCGCCAAAAGACGAGUCCGCUUCACAGUUCCUGAUGAUAGCUAUGACCAGGAGGUUGGUGGUGGAGACUCCUGCCUGCUCCUCUUCCUCCUUUGCCUGGUUACUGUAGUCAUCAGUAUCGGUGGAACUGCCCUGUAUUGUGCUCUGGGUGAUGCCCAGUCCUCGGUCUGUCAGGACUUCUCCAGAAAUAUAGACUUCUACAUCCUCCAGAUGCGUCGUGGGUUAGCUCAGCUGCAGCACUGGUAUACCUCUGGGUUGUAGCAGAAGACGUGGAGCCUCUGCCAUGUCGAUUCCUGCUACUUCCCAGGACAAAGAGUGUUGAGGUAAAGGCUCCUCAUGGGCACUAAAGAGCUUACUGCCAUUUGUUGAAUGGCUGAACGUCUGCUUUGGAGGCAUUGGCGUUUUUUUCAAGCCUGCAAUAUUAAUGCUCUGUGAAUACAAUUCCAGUGCACUUUUAAAAGCAUAGUUCAACGUCUGUUUACAGGGAAAAUUGCAAAACAAAAACUUCAAGAUGUAACUUGUGAUGUCUUAAUUUUUUUUUACGACAGAAUAUCUGUUGGCUGCAAAAUGUCUGUUUUUACAGAAGGAAAAAAAGUCUUUGUGCACAACUUGGAGAAGCAAAUACUGUACCUUCAAAUGUGUCGGAUAAAACAUUGUCUUUACAUGCAAACUACAGCUAAAGAUGAAAAUUGUACAUCAGUGUCUAGUUCAGUGUCUGUUCACAUGUGGGAUAAAAAUUCACUAAGGUUUUUAUAAUUGGUGCAACAGCAGCUGUUGCUUUUAUGUAGAUUUUUAAAUAACAGGAACUGUACCCUGAUAGACUAACUCUGCAUCUAUCUGCUACUUUGAAUGAAAUCACAAAGUCCUAAGUGUAUCUUAAAAUUUUAAGCAAAUGUUUUGAGCUUAAUCAUAAACCUUGAAACAUCUUUAAAAUGAAAAUUUGUAAUUGUGAAAAUAUUUUAUAAUUUAUUAUCAGUGCACUGCUAAUGGUGUAAAAUCAUGUCCUAUUUGUUAGUUAAAAAAAAACACAAAAAUGCUUAUUUUAACUUCUGUAUAGCAUUUCCAAAGAGCAUUUGCUUAAGGCUCCCCAUAAAUUACAGGACCUCUGUUAACUCUUUAUGGGUUUCGUGUAGCAUAUUUAAAAUGUAGAGAGAAUUGUGCACAUCUGUAAAUGCUGUUAAUCGAUUAUCACGUUGCAAAUAUUACCGGUACUUUUUAAAAUAAUAUUUUUAAAGAUUUUGCAAUAUUUCUAUAGACCCUUUUUUUUCUGUUGGGCCUGAACGUGGCCUUGAAAAAGGUUCAUCAGAUACAAACUGUUCACAUGGUCCAAACGUUUGCACAUACCACUUCCACAGAGAACUGAGGAUCUGCUAAAGUAUUUGUGUCAAAUAUGAAGCGUUUUUAUUCAUGACAAAUUAAAGAAUAUAUUGUUCUCAUCAUUUUCUUGGUGUAGAUAAUCGAUCCAGGACCACAUGAAGCUCUAUCUGCCUGUGUAUGUUGAUUCUUUCAGGGAAUUCUGGGAAAUAAUCAGCUAAGACAGCUAGUCUGUUCUGGUAGAUUUUCCCAAAAAUAUUUUACAAGUGAGAAUAUCUUGCCCUCCCUUGGUCUUCCGUAUACGGUAUGUCAUCAGCAUAACAGAUUUGUUUUUAAAUCACUUUAUUUAUUGUUUGUAAAUCUCAUUUUUGUCUCAUUGAGUUAAUUAUAUAUACUCAAUCCUUUUUUAACUCAUUCUAAGAUUGAAAUGUGUUGUUGUCACAAUGUACAAAGCUACCUUUGAAGUUGUGGAGGAUGGAGUAACAAACACCAAUGAGAAUCUUCAAAUCUCAGACAAAAUUCUUUGGCGGAGGGAUUAAAGAGGACAAAUGUCUGUAAAAGAGGGCAUACAUGAAUGUUCCUCCUCAGUAAAUCUUCACUAAAAGGGCUUAUAUCAUUUUUUUUUUCAGGCUUACACUUGUCAAGAUAGUUACAUUCAUUUCCAUGGCCAAAAUUAAGCUUGCCAAACACUGCUGAAAGUUGCCUAAUUAGUAAUAGUGUUGAUUUUCUAUUAAAUCUAGGAAAGAUCACAAUAUUUAUAGUAAUCCCACAGUCUCUGUAUUGAAUUUCAUGUCACUAUGGGAAGAUUUAUGCAGAGUAAGGUCAAUAGAAAUAAGAAAGUUAUGGGUUGGAGACCUAAUAAACCGGCAUCACAUGAAGAGAUUUAGAAGCACUCUGUUCUAACACAUUGAUAAAUUACCACUUGUGACAAGAAAAUGUAUUUAAAUAAGUAAAAUACUGACAACUUUCCGAUUGGUAAUAUAUGUUUAGAUAGUGUAGGGGUUGCAAUUUAAAUUCAGGCAUUUUCCAUCCAUAUUUCAAAUAGGUAUAAACGUACUAAUCAGUAAUUAAUAAUAUCAACUGAUACAAAAUAUAUGUUUAUCAGCCAUAUUGCAUAGGCCUACUUGCAAUCAAUGAAGACCAAAUAAAACAGCUAAUUGUUAAACUUUCUCACAAGAGUGCUCACUCCAUCCUUCUGUGCUGCCAUUAAGAGACUACAGAUCCAUUGGAUAUAAAUCUUGUCAAAAUGCGCUUUAAUUGCUAAGACUACAUCAUCUACAUACAGUAGUGCCUUCCUCUCUCCAACUGCCCGACUUUUCUGUCAGAAAAUGCUUGUGGAAAUAAUUUACCUGCUUUGAAAGCAGAAGAACUUUUCUGUUUUCCCAAUUAGAAUAUGUUCAAGUUUUCCGGUUCCCAUGUAUGAUGAUAUAGGUCCUUUUAGGAAAAAAAACAGCAUUAUGUCUUUCUCCUGUUGUUUCACACAAAUACCUCCUGAUUUGUUUGAGAUGAGGAUUUUCCUGGACUUAAAGAGUUGAGGAUGCAUUGAUAAUUUCAUUUGCACUUGUCAGCUGGCUGGUUCAGAUGGCGAUCACAAAAAAACAUUUAUUUAACUUUUCAGAUUAUUUGUAAUUAUUUAUGAUGCCAGAGAUAUACUUUUAAGUGGUUUUAAAAAGGCAGAUCAAUCUUUUACUUUGUGUGUUUUUUUUCCUCCUCAGUUACCUGGUUCAGUUUAUUUUAUAUAUUAACUUUGUUCUUGUAAGAACUUUGUUGAUCAUUCUGGGCCGUUAUAAUUCUUCUGUCCAGAUUUUCUUGUGACUUGUACCCUGUGAGUUUCUGCCAAUGCUGUCUUUAUCUUUUUUUGCAUGAAAUUUGUGAAACUAUUCAAAUGUCUUUGAUUACAUCUAAGAGUGUUGUACCUGUUUUUACUUCCUUAUUAAACUUUUUUCAGGCCAACAUCAAAAAGAACCAGAUGAAUGGUAAAUGCUUUUCACGCUUUACUUCUACCCAAUCUGAUAAAAAAAAAAAGAAAAAGAUAAUUUUAUUAAUUCUGACAUUUGUUCCUUAGUUGCAAAUUAUUUUUUUUGUCAUACAAAUCUUCCUCAUCAUGUCUCAUUAAAAUCAGUUUUGUUUCGGA